AUGGAUUUUAGAAAACCCAAUGGUCUCUUUAGCAACAAGAGCUUCAUCUUCCAACUCCUCACUGGACCAUGGUUCAUGGUUUUUGCAUCAUUGCUAAUCAUGUCCACUGCAGGCACACCCUAUGCCUUUGGACUAUAUUCCAGCGAGAUCAAAUCUGUGCUUGGCUACGACCAAACCACACUCAAUUUGAUCAGUUUUUUCAAGGACGUGGGCACCAACGUUGGUAUCCUACCAGGCCUAAUCAACGAGGUCACACCCCCAUGGGUGGUCUUAUCAACUGGUGCACUUGUGAACUUCUUGGGGUACUUCAUGAUAUGGCUAUCCGUGACAGAAAAAAUAGCAAAGCCCCAAGUAUGGAUGAUGUGCUUGUACAUCUUUCUUGCUGCAAAUUCAACUGCUUUUGCCAACACUGGAGCACUUGUAACCUGCGUGAAGAACUUCCCGGAAAGCCGUGGCGUGGUGCUAGGGCUUCUAAAGGGAUAUGUUGGUCUCACUGGUGCUAUAAUCACUCAACUCUACCAUGCUUUCUAUGGUAAUGACACGAAGUCUUUGAUUUUGCUUCUAGGGUGGCUUCCUGCUGCUAUAUCUUUCGCUUUUCUACGUACAAUAAGAAUCAUGAAGGUGAAUCGGCAACAGAACGAGCUCCAAGUAUUCUAUAAUUUCCUUUAUAUAUCACUUGGCCUUGCUGGGUUUCUAAUGGUCAUGAUUAUAGUACAGCAAAAGGUCACGUUCACGCAGAGCGAGUAUGGUGGAAGUGUAGCUGCGGUGCUGCUUUUGCUCUUUCUCCCACUUGCUGUGGUUAUCAUAGAAGAGCGUUAUCUUUGGAAGAACAAGAAUAUAUCACCCAACGAUUCUUCCCAGGUGAAAGUAAUCACUGAGAAGCCAAAGGCAGAAAGUACUACAGCAUCUUUUGCACAAUCCAUUCCUGACACAACCAAUUUGGUCCCUGAAUUGGACAAAGAAAAGCAUGUUUCAUGUUGGAAAAACGUGUUCAGCCCACCGGAUAGAGGUGACGACUAUACCAUACUACAAGCACUCUUCAGCAUUGACAUGUUGAUAUUGUUCUUCUCGGCAAUUUGUGGUGUUGGAGGCACUUUAACAGCUAUAGACAAUUUGGGACAAAUGGGAACUUCGCUUGGCUACCCAACUCGAAGUAUAAGCACAUUUGUGUCUCUUGUGAGCAUAUGGAAUUAUCUUGGACGAGUGACCUCUGGUUUGGUCUCUGAAAUUCUAUUGAAAAAGUACAAGUUCCCUCGACCUCUUAUGCUGACUCUAGUGCUCCUAUUAGCAUGUGUUGGUCACCUUCUAAUCGCGUUUAAUCCUCCAGGUGGUCUCUAUGUUGCAUCGAUAAUUAUCGGGUUUUCUUUUGGUGCACAAUGGCCAUUACUUUUUGCAAUAAUUUCUGAAAUUUUUGGCCUAAAGUACUACUCUACUUUGUACAAUUUUGGGUCAGUGGCUAGCCCAAUUGGACUGUAUGUACUCAACGUAAAGGUCACUGGGCAUUUAUAUGAUAAGGAAGCUAGAAAGCAGCUGGCCGCCUCAGGACAAGUAAGGAAUGCUGGGGAGGCUUUGAAUUGUAUUGGGGUUGAGUGUUUCAAAUUGUCAUUCAUUAUAAUUACUGCUGUGACAUUGUUUGGCUCGCUUGUUUCUCUCUUUCUGGUGUUGAGGACUAGGAAGUUCUAUAAGAGUGACAUUUACAAGAAGUUCCGGGAGGAGGCGAAGUUGGCUGAGAGGGAGAUGGCUAUGGCCGGAGACCACAUUGGACCCGAAAAUGGUUGCUAG